GCACCCACAGACACUCUCCAGCUCAGCCAAAAUGAAGCUGCUCCUUGUCAUCGUUGCUCUUGGCCUCACCAUCAGCAUCUGUGCCCAGCAACUCUCAGCAGCUCCCAGUAUUCCAGUGGGUACUCUGUGCUGUGAGCAUUAUAUCAAAAGAGAAUUGCCAAAAGCACGUAUUGUGAGCCACAUAACAGUUCCCAGCUCUGUCUACUGUUCCCAAGCCGCUAUCGUAUUCCAGACUAUAGCUAACCGCCUGGUGUGUGCUAACCCAGAAGAUCAGUGGGUGCAGAGACUAGUGACGGAGCUCACAGGACCGAUGAAAAGAGAUUGAUCCUGAUCCUCUUCAAUAACCAGUGGGGUUUGGUGAUGCUGGACAACAUCAGAUCCCAAACAUUUACAAGCUUUUGUAUCACCUGCAGCUUUCUUAUUUCUGCAGCUGGUGUUCUGCAGCUUUAUAAAUUGAAUAUAAAGACAGUAUAAAGAUU